AUGCCGGUAAAUAUCAUUGGAACAGCUCUGAUAGAGGGCACUGAUAAGAUUCCUUACUACAAUGAAUUGAAAAAGGCGUUUCCAUACGUGUUGGCCAUUUCAGCCAUAAAAUUUUGGUCGCGCGGUGCCACCAAUACGUGGGAAAGAAACCUGCAUGGCAAAGUAUAUAUAUUAACCGGCGCAACGACGCAGGGGAUGGGGACAGCCGUUGCACUUGAUAUGGCACGACGUGGAGCACAAUUGAUUAUUUUGACGCGGAAUUGUGACGAAUGGUCGCUGGAAUGGUGCGAGGAUUUGAGAGCCUCUAGCGAUAAUAACUUGAUUUAUCUGGAACAAUGCGAUUUGAACGAUUUACACGAAGUGCGCAAAUUUGCGACAAAAUGGCUUGAUAACUCGCCUCCUCGCAGGCUUGAUGGAGCUGUCGUGAUGUCGGGCGAUCUGGAGCCAGGUUUGUCGAUUCCUUUGCUGCCCAAGCCCGUGAGACGAUCGUCAAAGGACGGAUUAGAAGUUCAGAUUGCGACAAAUUUCGUUGGCGUUUUCCACUUGCUGGACCUUCUGCAACCCAGUUUUAAGGCUCAACCGCCGGACCGAGACGUCCGAAUCAUCGUAACGACGUGUAUGUUGCAGGCCAUGGGUUCGGUGAACGUCGAAGAUCCGCUGUGGCAAAAGGCGAAUUACGACAGUGCGGUCAAGUUUUUCGCUAGCUCGAAAUUGCAACUGAGUCUAUGCAUGCUCUCGCUGCAACGGCGUCUUCUCAAAGCUACUCAUAAGGACGGGCGGUCGGGCAAAAACGUGACCGUGUGUCUUGUGCAACCCGGGAUCAUGCGGUCGACAAGUUUACGAAGGUUUGUUAGCAAUGGUUCGGUCUUGGCUCUGAUUUUUGUUUACAGCUUUCUACUGUAUCCUUUGUUGUGGCUAUUCACCAAAAGCGCAUCCCGCGGCGCCCAAACGAUUUUGCAUGCAUUGAUGACCCCAGAAUUGGAGGAGAUCAAUUGGAAGGACGAGCAGGUUAAAUACAUUGUAAACUGCACGAUGUCCAAGUAUUCCAGAAAGGAGUUCGAAGACGUAGAACUACAAGAUACGCUUUACGACAAUACGUCAAAGCAGAUCCUAGAACUCGAGAAAAGAAUGGCUUUACAGAGGAAUAAGCAGAAGAAAGCACAGGCGAAGGGUGAGGGUAAGAAAAGGCCAGCUUAG